CGAUUGUUUACCAAGACAGACUUGUGUAAAACCGAAAUUUCUCAUCACAGCGAUUCAGAUCAUUUUUAGAUUUAGAAAGAAAUCUGUUAGAUCUAUAGAUCUAUUAAAUUCAGAAUGUCCCUUGAAACUGUUCCUAAAGAAUUAAGGAACCUUAGGGCAUGUCUGCUUUGCUCUCUUGUAAAGACAUUUGAACAGUUUGAAUUGGAUGGCUGUGAAAAUUGUGAAGAAUUUUUACAUAUGAAAAACAACAGAGAUGCAGUCUAUGAAUGUACAAGUGCAAAUUUUGAUGGACUUUUAUCAAUGAUGAGCCCAGAAGACAGCUGGGUCGCAAAGUGGCAAAGAAUAGAGAGGUUUACUAAAGGGUGCUAUGCUAUAUCUGUGACUGGACAUCUACCUCCAGGAAUUGUUAGGGAUCUCAGAGCAAAAGGCAGAGUCUACAAUUCAAGGGAUGUUAGUGAAAGAACGUGAUGACUUGAAUUAUGCUGUAAAAGUUAUUGAUUUUCAAACGCUGCCAAUUGAAUAGCCUAACCACAUUGAACUUAAGUCAUGGAAAUUUCAGAAACAUUUAAAUUAUAAGGAAGAUGCUAGGAGCACUGCAAAGAACUUUCUAUGAUGAUAAUAUUGUCUUAAUUCAGUUAUGAUAAUGCAGUAUUUAACAAAUUAUUUGCAGUCAAGAUUCUGAAACUUGUUCCCAAUUACUUAUUGUUUAAAGCUUUGUUCGUCAGUGGCAUUUAUUGUAUCUGUAUCACAACUGUAUGCAUGAAUUAGUGUUGCUUAAUUGGCCUAGCACUGUUUGCCAGAUUAAAUGUGUUUGCUUACUUGGUGUAUGUGAAUAUAUGGAAACAAUGUAAAUAAACCAACACAAUUCUAUGUGAA